UCUGCUGUCUGUUAACGUUGUUAACCCUUUGAUACACAACAUGGGUCAAAAGUGACCCGACAGGGUUUUAACCCUUUGAUACACAACAUGGGUCAAAAGUGACCCGACAGGGUUUUAACCCUUUGAUACACAACAUGGGUCAAAAGUGACCCGACAGGGUUUUAAUUGUAAAUAUCUUUGCAAUAAAUUCAUUUUACCAUUCAGAAUUCCAGGAAUUCCUCAAGUAACUUGUUUUUGAUCAUCACAAAUUCUUAUUUUACUUUUUACUUUUUUAAUUUUUUAAUAAAAAUCAUUUUUGUACGACCCCUCUAAAACACAACAUGGGUCAAAAAUGACCCGCAUUCAUUUCCUAUGUUAUUUCAUGCAUGGCUGUGUUUCUUUGCUAUAUCUUUUAAAAUCUAUGUAUUUAACCAUUUAAUAUUGCAAAGUAUUCAUUAAAUAUCUUGUUUUUGAUGACCAUAAAUCAUUUUUUUUUCAUUUUCUCUGUCUAUAUUUUGGAACUAAAAUAGGUUUUGUAUCACUACAUCAAGUUUCCACACAUGGGUCAGAAAUGACCCGUGCAAGUGUGAAUUUGAUAGGAACCUUUGAUUUAUAAAAUGUGUGCAGUUAGGAACAUUUUUACUGUGGACAACUUUUCACUUGUCAGAAUAUGGCGCUGGUCAGAACUAAACAACUGGACAACAUUUCACAUUCCACUCUUGUCAGAAGGAAACAGGCUGCGUCUUCAGAUCUGAUUCAUUAUGGCUCGUCACACUCAUUCACGUUUCACGGCUGAAAUGGUCAUCGAGAUGUUACAUCAAGAACAGGAUAAGGAAGAUGGAGCAAUCCUUGAUUCUGACUCUGAGUCUGACCUCUCUGAUGAUGACGUAGACUAUGUGCCACAGGGUCAAGCUGAAGUUGCUGGUGAUGAAGAAGACUCCUUGGACGAGCUAGAAGACUCGUCUGAUGAGUCCUCUGAAGAGGAAACUCAGACCCAGGCCAAUAGGCUAAGUAAAAAGGGGUCUUACUGGAAUGAGCAACCCCCCACUCAAGGCAGAGCAAGAACCCAUAACAUCCUGAGGAGGUGUCCAGGACCCGUAUCUGGUUCAACAAUCAUUUCACCAAAAGAUGCCUGGGAGUUGUUCUUUAGUGAUAACAUCAUAGAGGAGUUUUUAAGAUGUACUAACUUAGAGGGACGAAGAGCCGCAGCAACAAAAGGAAAAGAGUGGAGAUGCCUCGACAAAGUGGAAUUCACGGCAUUUAUUGGUUUGACCCUCCUUGCAGGGGGGGACAAGAGCUGGGAUGUGGCCUUGCGGGAGCUCUUUCUGGAUCCCCUGCAAAAUCCGAUGUAUAAAGCCACCAUGGGGUUCCACAGAUAUGAGGAUAUCCGCCGCCUCAUACGGUUUGAUGAUAAGAGGACUAGGGCUGUUAGACUGGAAACAGACCACAUGGCUGCAUUCAGAUAUGUGUGGGACUGUUUCCUGGCCAAUUGCAAGAAAGUGUUCGUCCCCAGUGAUUGUGUCACUAUAGAUGAGCAGCUUGUGCCAUUCCGUGGAAGGUGCAAGUUCUUACAAUACAUGCCAAGCAAGCCAGCAAAAUAUGGGAUCAAAAUCUUUUGGAUGUGCGAUGCAAGGGCCCAUUAUGCAUUCAAUGGCAUGAUCUAUACAGGGCGACAGCCAGGAGAGGAUGUUCAGAGGAACCUUGGCGAGAAUAUUGUCCAACAGUUGUCCAGCGGAAUAAGACACACAGGUCGCAACAUAACCAUGGAUAACUUCUUUACCAGCAUUCCUUUGGCUGAGAAGCUCCUAGAGAAGAACCUUACGCUUGUGGGGACUCUUCGCCAGAACAAGCCAGACAUACCACCUGUCAUGAAGCCAAACAAACUGAGAGAGAAGUACAGCUCCAAAUUUGGAUUCUGUGGCAACAUGACAAUGGUGAGCUAUGUCCCGAAAAAGGGGAAGGCUGUUGUGCUGCUAAGCACAAUGCAUGAUGACACAGCAGUGGAUGACCAGAGUGUUAAGAGGAAGCCAGAAGUGAUCCAAUAUUACAACCACACAAAAUCAGGAGUGGACACAAUGGAUCAAAUGGUUCGCACGUACACCUGCAAGCGGAGAACACGGAGGUGGCCCAUGGUGCUCUGGCACAAUGUGCUGGAUGUUGCCACCCUCAACGCCUUCACCAGACACUGCACAACACCCUGGUUACAUGGGUGGUGUGACUAAUGCACGGCAGCUCUUCAUAAAGGAGCUGGGCAAAGAGCUGGUCAUGCCACACAUGAGAAGACGCUAACACUAACAGUUCAAAAAGUUCAAAAUUAAUUUUAUCAGUUGUACGGUGUAUGCUAUGUGUGAGUGUGACAA